AUUUGGGGUAUCUCAGCUCCGUGCCUAGGUUAGGCAUCCCUUGGUAUUACUAAACCGGCUGCGGUUGCUGGGUUUACCGACCACCGCCCCCUUUCAACUAAUAAGUAUCAAGUGUUUUGCUUUACCAGUAUCACUCUUUCGAGCAUGGCUAUAUACAAUUCCAAAUGACAUUUGUUUUUUCAAGCUGCUAUAGACACAUAUCAAUCUCACCAUGUCUUCACCCAAGUUUGCCCGUGCUCCCCCGGAGAUAAACAUUGCCAAAAUAUCCUUCCCGGCUCCUCGUGUGCUUCUCGUUACGAUUUCGCGACCCAAGGCUCUCAAUGCUAUCGAUAUCAAGGGCAGCUGGGAGCUCCACUCGCUCUUUGACUGGUUUGAUCAGGAACCCUCGCUAUGGGUCGCCAUCGUGACUGGAGAAGGGCGAACUUUCUCAGCGGGAGCUGAUCUGAAAGCGUGGAAUGGCGAAAUUGGAUCAGGUAGUUUCGGAGAAAUGCCACCUUCCGGGUUUGCCGGCCUCUCUCGUCGCUCGGGUAAAAAGCCGGUGAUAGCUGCAGUCAACGGCAUCGCAUACGGGGGAGGCUUCGAGGCGACGGUCAACUGCGACCUCGUCAUUGCGAGUGCUACCGCAAAGUUUUGUUUCCCCGAGGUGAAGCGUGGUGUAGCUCCGUUUGCAGGAGCCAUGCCACGUUUGGUCCGUACGAUAGGAAAGCAGCGCGCCAUGGAACUGAUGCUGACAGGACGAGUGCUUCCAGCCCAAGAGGCCAAGGAUUGGGCCCUCGUCAACGUAGUCUGUCCCGAGGGUCGGAAUGUUGUGGAUGAAGCUCUAGAGUGGGCGAAAGUGAUUGCUGAGAACAGUCCCGAUUCAGUUAUUGUGACUCGUCAAGGAAUCAAUUGGGGGUGGGAAGGUGUAGGCGCUGAUGAAGGGACUCGUAUCAGUAACAGCCUCUGGCAUCCCAAGCUACUGGCUGGAGAUAACAUCAAAGAGGGUUUGAAGGCCUUUGUUGAGAAGAGAAAUCCUAAAUGGACUGAUAGCAAACUCUGAUGUAAUCUUUGGGGGGGUGAAUGAUAUCGAUUAUCAAAAACUACUAUACUAUUCCAAACAUAAUAUCCGU